AGUGAAAUGUGGCRUUGUCCGUGUCUCCUCAUGCAGGUCUCUGAUCGCAGCGUGGUAGCUUUGGUCCCCAAGCAAACCUCAUCAUACAACAUUCCUUCUUCGGCGAGCAUAACCCGUACCUCCAUCAGCAGAUAUGACUCUUCGUUCCGUUACACGGGCAGUCCAGACAGCCUGAGGUCUCGUGCUCCUAUGAUCACGCCGGACCUGGAGAGCGGUGUAAAGGUCUGGCACUUGGUGAAGAACCAUGAACAUGGAGACCAGAAGGAAGGAGAUCGAGGCAGCAAGAUGGUUUCUGAGAUUUAUCUAACCCGGUUGUUAGCAACUAAGGGCACUCUCCAAAAAUUCGUCGAUGAUCUGUUUGAGACGUUGUUCAGUACGGUUCAUCGAGGGAGUACGCUUCCCCUGGCCAUCAAAUACAUGUUUGACUUCCUAGAUGAACAGGCAGACAGACAUGGCAUUUACGACACAGACGUUCGUCACACAUGGAAAAGCAACUGCCUUCCAUUGCGUUUCUGGGUGAACGUCAUCAAGAACCCUCAGUUUGUAUUUGACAUCCAUAAGAGCAGCAUCACGGACGCCUGUCUCUCUGUGGUAGCUCAGACCUUUAUGGAUUCCUGCUCGACUUCGGAGCACCGGCUGGGCAAAGACUCACCUUCUAAUAAACUACUCUACGCUAAAGAUAUCCCUAAUUAUAAGAGCUGGGUAGAAAGGUACUAYGCUGAUAUCACCCGGAUGCCGGCGAUUAGUGAUCAGGACAUGAAUGCGUAUUUGGCUGAGCAGGCCAGACUCCACUCUACAGAGUUCAACAUGCUCAGCGCUCUCAAUGAGAUCUACUCUUACGUCAGCAAGUACAGUGAGGAGGUAGGUCUGAAUGCUCCAGCUGGAGAGAGAGCACAGUUUUUCUGAAGUUUCUCUUUUAAUAGUAGUCAAUAAUUUUGCCAAAUAAGUGUGUUUAUCUUGUAAGCGCUUGGAUUAGCUGGAGUUCACAUUACAUCUGCUUCAGCAAGAUCAAUACAACCUGACCUUCUGGUUAAGGUGACAGAGGUUUGCUCUGUAUUCUUCACUCACAUUUCCCAUAUUGCACUGUCGUUGACUACAUAAAUUGGACUUCUGCUUAAUGCUUAUUUACCACUAGGAACAAAGUAACCACAGGCAAUACAAAACAGCAAAACAACACCUUCUGUUAAGAUGAGUAAAAAGCUCUAAAAAUGCGCAAUAUUUUAUUGUAGUGGUAUAACAUUUUUUUAAUAUACAACCAUAAUUUGAGUGUAUUUAUUCAGUUGGUUAAAAAAGUCAAAUUUUAAGAAAUAGCUGAAGCCCCUUCAUUCAUGGCUUAUUUUUGUCUUGGGGUGUACAAAUAUAGGGCAGCAAAAAAGAUCAAUUCAUUUUAGAACUGCAAAACAUUUACAGACCAAUUUGUG